UUCCCAUUUCAUUUCAAGUCGGCAUACGUCGCGUGGGAAGUCGUGCGCUGUGCGGUCGCUUUAGGUGUGUUGUUAUUAUUUUUUAAUUUUUUAAUUUUAUUUAGUUAGUUCACAUCAAAUCAAAUUAGUUUACGCUUAGUUUUUUCUUUAAGUUUACACACAUGUCGGGUCCACUCGCCGUGCGGUCGAUCGAUUAAAAAGCACCGAUAAUUCCAUCGUCGACUCUUCGUAAUGACGGAAGAUUCGCUGAAACCGCCGUGGUGUCACGAAAUCUCUAUCCGUAACAUGACCGUUUGAUGAUUUUGUUUUUUUUUAAUUUUUUUCUCGAGCCGAUUGCAGCAAUAUUUGUUAAUAAUUACAUGUUUUUUGCUUCGACUAAUUAAAUAACCGAACCUGACUGCCGGGUCUAGACCGUGAAGGAAAAAUAAUCAGCGCUGGCUGCUGUUAACGUUUCAGUUAAGAAACAAAAAAUAUAGAACCGCUGCCGAGAUGGGUUCCAUGUUCCGGAGCGAGGAAAUGGCCUUGUGUCAGCUUUUCAUACAGCCAGAAGCCGCUUACGCAUCUGUGGCCACCAUGGGAGAGGCGGGCGUGGUUCAGUUUCGAGACUUAAACAGCGAAAUGAACGUCUUUCAGAGGAAAUUCGUCAGUGAGGUACGCCGCUGUGACGAAUUGGAGCGAAAGUUGCGCUAUAUCCAAGCUGAGGUGCAUAAAGAUCACGUGCUCGUGCCCGUACCGGAGAGCAGUGUGUUCCCGUUCGCCCCCAAUCCAAGGGAAAUCAUUAACUUAGAGUCGCAACUAGAACGCACAGAAAACGAAAUUCUAGAACUUAGUCAUAACGCCGUCAACCUGAAAUCCAACUAUCUCGAAUUGACAGAACUCAAACACGUUCUCGAAAAAACCCAUGCAUUUUUCGAAGAGCUUGAUAUGGAUUUCUUAGACCAAGACGGCACCAACUCGUCGGGCCAGGAUUCUCUGACAAAAGCUCUAAUCAGCGACGAGGCUCUUAAUAGUCAUUCGUCCCAAGUCACUCGGGGCCGUCUCGGGUUCGUUGCCGGAGUCGUGCCCCGAGAACGAGUACCAGGAUUCGAGCGUAUGUUGUGGCGCAUCAGUCGAGGCAAUGUGUUCCUUCGGCGGGCAGAACUCGAAGAAUCCCUCGAAGACCCAGCCACGGGAAAUGAAAUCUUUAAAACGGUGUUUGUCGCCUUCUUCCAAGGCGAGCAACUCAAAUCCCGCGUGAAAAAAGUGUGUUCCGGUUUUCACGCGUCCUUUUACAACUGUCCGAGCGCUCAUUCUGAGAGACAGGAGAUGUUAAAAGGCGUCAAGACCAGACUGGAAGACUUGAACAUGGUGCUAAAUCAAACCAGGGAUCAUAGGCAACGCGUGCUGACGACUGUAGCAAAAGAAUUGCACAACUGGGGCGUGAUGGUGCGCAAGAUGAAGGCCAUUUACCACACGCUCAACCUGUUCAACAUGGACGUCACCAAGAAAUGUCUGAUCGGCGAGUGUUGGAUACCGGUCAAAGACUUGCAGUUCAUUAGACAAACAUUGGCCGAAGGCAGUAAAGCCGUAGGCAGCUCAAUACCUUCUUUUUUAAAUAUCAUAGAAACGAAUGAAAAACCACCGACGUUUAAUCGGACCAAUAGAUUCACACAGGGCUUCCAAAAUUUGGUCGAUUCGUACGGCAUAGCCGGCUACCGAGAAGUCAAUCCCGCUUUGUACACUAUAAUCACAUUCCCGUUUCUUUUCGGUAUCAUGUUCGGCGAUGCCGGACACGGAAUUAUUUUGACCGUAUUCGGCGCCUAUAUGGUUUUGUACGAACAACAACUGUCCAAAACGAAAUCUUCAAACGAGAUUUGGAAUAUUUUUUUCGGUGGCCGCUAUAUCAUAUUGCUCAUGGGAUUAUUUUCCAUAUACACCGGCAUCAUUUACAACGACGUGUUUUCAAAGUCUGUGAAUAUUUUCGGUUCCAGUUGGUCCGUUCACGUGAGCGCAAAAGAAGUUUUGGGCAACAAGUCCAUCACGUUGGACCCGGCCACCGUCGAUUAUUCACAAAAACCGUACCCCUUAGGAUUGGAUCCCGUUUGGCAGGUGGCUGUGAAUAAAAUCAUAUUUCUCAAUUCGUACAAAAUGAAACUGUCGAUCAUAUUCGGUGUCGUUCAUAUGAUGUUCGGCGUCAUACUAAGCGUUGUCAAUCACGUACAUUUUAAGAAAAAGCAUAACAUCCUACUGCAGUUCAUCCCGCAAAUGCUGUUUUUGGUGUUGCUCUUUUUUUACAUGGUGUCGUUGAUGUUCUUGAAAUGGGUCUGGUACGGUCCGAAAAAUCCUCUGAAAACUAGCCCAAGGUGUGCGCCGUCCGUGCUCAUCAUGUUCAUCAACAUGAUGUUGUUCAAACACACCGUACCGUUCGAAGGAUGCGACGAAUACAUGUUCGAAGGACAAGAACGUUUGCAAAAAAUAUUCGUCACUGUUGCGAUAAUGUGCAUACCUGUAAUGUUGUUGGGCAAACCGUUGUAUGUAAUUUUAUACGAGAGGCGUCGUAAAAAACGUCAGGGCGAGGGUUGUACGGACGUCAACGGCAGUAUCGAACUCAAAGAGACUGAAGUGAGCACCAUGAUCGACGAUCCGGCCAGUCACGAAGAAGAAGAACCGGCAUCAGAAUUGUUCAUACACCAAUCCAUCGAAACAAUCGAAUACGUUCUCAGCACGGUUUCGCAUACGGCUUCGUAUUUGAGGCUUUGGGCGCUGUCGCUGGCGCAUGCACAAUUGUCCGAAGUACUUUGGAACAUGGUGCUGAGGAUGGGAUUGACGAGCGAAACGCAUUGGGGUGCCAUCAAACUGUACUUGACUUUCGGCAUUUGGUCGAUUUUCACGCUGGCCAUACUCGUCAUGAUGGAAGGCCUGUCUGCAUUCCUACACACACUCCGAUUGCACUGGGUGGAAUUUAUGAGCAAGUUCUACGUGGGCAACGGACACGCAUUCCAGCCGUUUUGGUUCAAACACGUACUCGAGACCGAAGAAUCUAUCGACGACUGAAAAUUUACGAUCGUACCUAUUUUUUUUUUUUUUUAGUUUCCCUCCCUGCGUCUCUUUUAAAAAACAAUUUUUUUAUAUAUACCAGUUAGCCAAUAAUGUGUACGAUAUAUUUAUUAUGUUUUAAUAUUUACAUAUAUAUAAUAAUUUAAAAUUUCUUUUUUUUUUAUUCUAUUCGUUAUCGUUGUACGUAAUAAUAUUUUUAUUGUUGUUGAAAAACUUGUAUUUAAAUAAUCGAACUUUAGUUAAGAGUUUUUUCUUUUACUUUUAUUAUUAUUUUUUUCUUUUACAUAAUUUAUCAAACUACUUUUUUGUUAGUGUGCACUGCCACUAAAUAUAAAUAAUAGCUUUACGAUACUGUAUCGCGUCUUGACCGUUUACCGAUUUUGAUAAUAUUUCCGUCACGCAUAUCAUACGAAAACUCUUUUCUUUUUUUUUUUAUCGUCUACGAAGACCGUUUACGUUUGUUUUGACAUUACCAAUGUAAAAGACGUUAAGUUUGUCUUACUUGUUUUCAUCUAGAUACUUGUACAGGGUUAUGACCUAUUAGGUGUUAUAUGGCGUGAUAGCCAUUUUAUUUAUAAAAAAAAAAUAUGUAUUAAAUAUCUAUUUCUUUUGUUUUGUUACCUCUUUGCCCAUUCGAAAUGGCACACAUCACAGCGUUGUAACAGUCGUCGGGAAAAAACAUUUUUGUUUGAAUCGAAUAAUAACAUGUUUAUAUAUUAUAUAUACAUAUAUAUAUUUUUAUUAUCGUUACGAAUCACUAUUUUUAAUUUAAACUAAUAAUUACUUUAUAAAUUUAACUUGCGCAUUUAUAAUAACAAAUAUAUAACGUACACGACGACGCCACUCGACAAUCACGAGCAAUUUUUCAACGUGCAUUCGAACCUCGAUAUUCUAAUAACCUAAUUGUUUAAAUAUUUAUAUGUUUAAUAACAAAACAUUAAUAAUCUUAUUGUAUUAAUAUAUUCAGUGCCUUAUAUUAUUAUAUCGCUUGUAAAAAAAAAACAUCAAUUUUUUUUUAUUAUUAUAUUCUAUUCGUUAGUCGUACGGGUUAAAUUCGAUUAGUAUUCUAAAUUAGAAUUAAGCGAUCGUUCAACGAUUACAUAUAUUUUUGUAGAAGACGAGCAAUGAAGGAUAAUUUAAACUUCACAUUUUCUAAAUUUUUUUUAUUUGUUUGACAAUCAAAAUAUUAAAAUUUACUCUAAAUUUACUAAAAAAAAGUUUAAAAAUGCUGAUUUUGUUUGUAUCUUGUAUUUUGACAAUCCCAUUAUUGUAACUGCGCAUUUUUCAUAUUUUCUUCGUUUAUCGAUUACGACAAUAGUUUCUCUUAAGUCGUGUUCGCAAAAACCCAUUCCGACUGAAGUAUAAUUUUUCUUUGUUCUAUUAAAAAUAUUACUCGUAAUUAUUAUCUGUAACGUUUGCGUGAAAGCUCAGAUAUUUUAUUGAAUUUAAAUGAUAACUUUAUAUCGUAAUGUUAUUUAUUUAAUAUAUAUAUAUUUAUAAUACUGUAUUAUAGUAUUUCUACUAAUUUGUCCACGACUCUUCGUUAAUACAAUAACGAUAGUUUUCUUCUUGACUUACCUGUUUUACAAAUGCAAUUAUAAUAUUGUCGUUUCUUGUUACUGUGAGAAUGUAACGUACCUCUGUUCUUUUAAUUAUUAUUAUUAUUAAAGUUUGUAAUAUACAAAGUUGUAUACAAAUUAAAACGCCGCCAUUAAGAGAAUCUAUGUAGCAAUAAACAUCUUAU